GGGCGGGGCCGAGCCGCCGCCAUGCGCCGCCGAGGCCGGGCCUGCGGGCUGCUGCUGCUGCUGCUCGCCCUGGGGCUGUGCCGGCCGCUCGGGGCGCGCCCCCGGAACGUGCUGCUGAUCGUCGCGGACGACGGAGGCUUCGAGAGCGGCGCCUACAACAACACGGCCAUCAGCACCCCGCACCUGGACGCCUUGGCCCGCCGCAGCCUGGUCUUCCGCAAUGCCUUCACGACCGUCAGCAGCUGCUCUCCUAGCCGAGCCAGCCUGCUCACCGGCCUGCCCCAGCAUCAGAACGGGAUGUAUGGCCUGCACCAGGACGUCCACCACUUCAACUCCUUCGACGGAGUGAGGAGCCUGCCGCUGCUGCUUGGCCGGGCCGGCGUGCGCACAGGCAUCAUCGGGAAGAAGCACGUGGGGCCCGAGUCGGUGUACCCGUUUGAGUUUGCGCACACGGAGGAGAACAGCUCUGUCCUCCAGGUGGGGCGGAACAUCACCAGGAUCAAGCUGCUGGUCCGGAAGUUCCUGCAGACCCAGGACGACAGGCCCUUCUUCCUGUACGUCGCCUUCCAUGACCCCCACCGCUGUGGGCACUCCCAGCCCCAGUUCGGGACCUUCUGCGAGAAGUUUGGCAAUGGGGAGAGCGGCAUGGGGCGGAUCCCAGACUGGACCCCCCAGACCUAUGACCCUCUGGACGUGCUGGUGCCUUACUUCGUCCCCGACACGCCUGCGGCGCGAGCUGACCUGGCUGCUCAGUACACCACCAUCGGCCGCAUGGACCAAGGGGUUGGGCUUGUGCUCCAGGAGCUGCGUGGAGCAGGUGUCCUGAAUGACACCCUGGUGAUCUUCACAUCCGACAACGGAAUCCCCUUCCCCAGCGGCAGGACCAACCUGUACUGGCCGGGCACUGCUGAGCCCUUGCUCAUCUCGUCCCCAGAGCACAGGAAACGUUGGGGCCAAGUCAGCGAGGCCUACGUGAGCCUCUUAGAUCUCACGCCCACCAUCCUGGAUUGGUUCUCCAUCCCUUACCCGAGCUACGCCAUCUUUGGCUCAAAGACUGUCCAGCUCACUGGCCGGUCUCUCCUGCCAGCGCUGGAGGCAGAGCCCCUCUGGAGCACCGUCUUUGGCAGCCAGAGCCACCACGAGGUCACCAUGGCCUACCCCAUGCGCUCCGUGCACCACCAGGGCUUCUGCCUUGUGCACAACCUGAACUUCAAAAUGCCCUUUCCCAUCGACCAGGACUUCUACGUCUCGCCCACCUUUCAGGACCUCCUGAAUCGCACCGUGGCCGGCCACCCGACAGGCUGGUAUAAGGAUCUCCAUCAUUACUACUACCGGGAGCGUUGGGAGCUUUACGACAGGAGCCAGGACCCCCACGAGACCCGGAACCUGGCCGCUGACCCAUACUAUGCCCCGGUUCUGGAGCUGCUUCAGACCCAACUGGCCAAGUGGCAGUGGGAGACCCAUGACCCCUGGGUGUGUGCUCCCGAUGGUGUCCUGGAAGAGAAGCUCUCCCCCCAGUGCCGGCCACUCCACAAUGAGCUGUGACAGUUCCUGGGGGCACGAGGGAGGCCUCCUCAGGCCUGGUCCCCACCUUUUCAGCUGCUGUGGGAGGAUGGGCCAUAGUGGCCCACCUGAGGAGGGCUCUCCCUGCUGCUGGGGUCAUUCCUGCCACUGCCUGGGAGGGAGAGUGGGGCAGGUACCCCGGCCCUCCCUCCCCCCGUGCUAGAGGACACUGCUGUUCCUGUGUCCAAGCCAUGUCUCAGCCUAGGAAUUCCAGGGGGGCCUGGAGCAGGGUGGGAUCCCCUGCCCGUGACCUGUGAGGAUGGUUGAGGAUGGUCUGGGCAGGGGC